AUCUCAAAAAAAAAAAAAGUUUGCUUUUAUUUUGACAAAUAAGGUCAUGCAUUGAUCAACAAAUGCUGGAGUACCUUUCAUGAAACGGGCACUGUUUUAGGUACUAGCAAGGACAGUGGUGAGCAACAAAGUCCUUGCUCUCUUGAAGUUUACAUUCUGAUUGGACAGGAACUGGCAGAAAAUAUCAAGUAGUGAUAAAUACUAUGAUUAAAAACAAAACAAGGUGAGAGACUGCAGUAAAAGGGACUUUAGGUUGAAUGGCUUAGGGAGGCCUGUCAAUAGAGGUUACAUUUAUGCGGAAACGUUCUGAAUGUGGCAAAUGUGUUAAGAAGGUACAGCUACAGCUGUCUUUUAGGAGACGUUACCAAAAUGCCUAUUCAACUCUUCUUCUCACCUCAAACCCGUUGCUCCUUCCUCUUGAUCUUGGAUCAUACUUCUCUGAGAAAACAGACAGGAGCUCUACCAUCUCCACCCCUUACUUACCCCAUCUCUCUGUUACAAUGGAUAUUAUUUGACUUCAACUUUCGGGUCAACACCCUCACUAUGGAUCCACACUGUAAGACUUGAUCCAUGCUACCAAGGAAAUGGCACCACCCCAGAGCCUGUAAGCAAACAGCACAAUAAGAAAAGCGAAGAAAAGAGGCAGGAACUGGGUUCCAGGGGAGCUGGAGGCAGCUGGAGGCAGCUGGAUCAAGAAGGCAAAGGGUAAUGCACAGAGCGAGAACGGCUGCAACGGUCUGCUAGGCUAGGUUAGGCCUUCAAGCAUGCCAGGGUAGUUAAGCAGAGUGCGACUGGGGCCAGAGCAGUUGUGGCUUUGCUAUAGAGGCUGGUACUGCCCCCCACAGGAAAGGAAUGGAACCGACCGGAGACAGCCGAGAGGUCUCCGCGGGAGUCACGAGGCCGAGCGUGAGCCGCUCCGUACACUGCGCAUGCCCACGACGCAAUCAGGUUCCGGCGAAAGUGCCCGGAAGUAACGGCCGGGCCAAGAUGGCUGCAGAGGAGGGAGCCGGCAGGGCUGCUUCCGCCGGCGGUAGCUGGGGCGCCGCGGCCAUGGGGCGGGUUCUACCGAUGCUGUUGGUGCCGGUCCCCGCCGAGGUGAUGGGGCAGCUGGGCUCCCGGGCGCAGCUGCACACACAGCAGGAGGCUCUGGGGAGCCUGACGGCUGCGGGCAGCCUCCAGGUGCUUUCUUUGGCUCCUGGCAGCCGGGGCCGGGGUCGCUGCUGCCUGGAGGGCCCCUUCUGGCACUUUAUAUGGGAGGAUUCUCGUAACAGCAGCACAGCAACUGACAAGCCCAAACUGCUCGCUCUUGGUGAAAAUUAUGAACUGCUUAUCUAUGAAUUUCAUUUGAAAGAUGGAAGAUGUGAUGCAACCAUUUUGUAUAGCUAUAGUGGGGAGGCAUUGCAAAAGCUCAUUGAAGAUCAAGAUAUCAGUAUUUCCUUACUGUCUUUGAGAAUCCUGUCAUUUCACAAUAACACAUCAUUGUUGUUCAUCAACAAAUGUAUCAUCCUACAUAUUAUAUUUCCUGAAAGAGAUGCUGCAAUUAGAGUACUCAACUGUUUCACACUACCUUUGCCUGCACAGGCAGUGGACAUGAUUAUUGACACGCAGCUCUGCAGAGGAAUUCUUUUUGUUUUGAGUAGUUUAGGCUGGAUCUACAUUUUUGAUGUUGUGGAUGGUACGUAUGUAGCUCAUGUGGAUUUAGCACUUCACGAAGAAGAAAUGUGUAAUGAGCAGCAACAGGAGCCAGCCAAGAUUUCUUCAUUUACUUCACUGAAAGUGUCUCAAGACCUCGAUGUUGUAGUGAUUGUCAGUUCAUCCAACUCUGCAAUUGCUCUUAACUUAAAUUUGUAUUUCAGGCAACACCCAGGACACCUACUGUGUGAAAGAACACUAGAAGACUUUCCUAUUCAAGGACCUAAGGGGAUAGAUGAAGAUGAUCCUGUUAACUCUGCCUACAAUAUGAAACUGACCAAGUUUUCUUUCCAAAUUGAUAGGUCUUGGAAAGCCCAGCUAUCAUCAUUGAAUGAAACAAUAAAGAACUCCAAACUGGAGGUUUCCUGUUGUGCUCCGUGGUUCCAGGAUAUUUUGCAUUCAGAGUCACCUGAAUCUGGUAACCACAGUACAAGUGUGCAGAGCUGUGCUUUCAUUCCACAGGACAUAAUACAUGGGCAAUAUAAUUUUCUACGGAAAGAUCAUGUCAAGACCAGUGAUCCAGGAAGAUCAUGGAAGAUAAUGCACAUCGGUGAACAAGAGGAACCCAUAGAUCUUAAAUGUGUGUCUGUGACAGGAUUCACUGCACUGUUUACUUGGGAAGUGGAAAGGAUGGGCUAUACCAUUACCCUCUGGGAUUUGGAGAACCAGGGCAUGCAGUGUUUUUCCCUUGGCAGAAAGUGUAUUCCUGUAGACAGUAGUGGAGAGCAGCAACUGUGCUUUGUUUUGACAGAGAAAGGACUCUCUCUGAUUUUGUUUGGUUUGACACAAGAAGAGUUUUUAAACAGACUCAUGAUCCAUGGAAGUGCCAGCACUGUGGACAUUCUUUGUCAUCUCAAUGGCUGGGGGAGGUGCUCCAUUCCCAUACAUGCACUAGAGGCCGGGAUAGAAAAUCGUCAGCUGGACACAGUAAAUUUCUUUUUGAAGAGCAAAGAAAAUCUUUUUAAUCCAUCCUCAAAAUCUUCUGUAUCUGAUCAGUUUGAUCACUUUUCAUCCCAUUUAUAUUUAAGAAAUGUGGAAGAGCUGAUGCCAGCAUUGGAUUUACUUUGCUCAGCAAUUAGAGAAAGUUAUUCUGAACCCCAAAGCAAACACUUUUCAGAACAAUUGCUUAAUCUUACACUGUCUUUCCUUAACAACCAAAUAAAGGAGCUUUUUAUUCACACUGAAGAACUAGAUGAACAUCUGCAAAAAGGAGUGAACAUUUUGACUAGCUACAUUAAUGAACUUCGAACCUUCAUGAUAAAGUUUCCUUGGAAGCUAACAGAUGCUAUAGAUGAAUAUGAUGUACAUGAAAAUGUCCCCAAAGUAAAGGAGAGCAAUAUAUGGAAGAAACUCAGCUUUGAGAUUUCUCUUCCUGUUUCCCUCAAUGUUCUGCAAGGCUCUGUCUGUGGUCUACUCAGAAUCACUGAUUUUCAACUUUUGCCAGGGGAAGGGGUUAUAGUUUACUUUGAUAAAAAUUGUAGACCCUGUCUUCAAAAACAGGAAGUUAUUGCCAAUGCCAUUUUAAACAACAGAAUACCAGAGGCACAGACUUUCUUCAGGAUUGAUAGUCAUUCUGCUCAGAAACUUGAGGAGCUGAUUGGCAUAGGCCUAAAUUUGGUCUUUGACAAUUUAAAAAAGAACAAUAUAAAGGAAGCCUCUGAACUUUUGAAGAAUAUGGGGUUUGAUGUAAAAGGCCAAUUGCUCAAGAUAUGCUUCUACACAACUGAUAAAAAUAUACGUGACUUUUUGGUUGAAAUUUUAAAAGAAAAAAAUUGUUUUUCUGAAAAAGAGAAAAGAACUAUAGACUUCGUGCAUCAAGUUGAGAAGCUUUAUUUGGGACAUUUCCAAGAAAAUAUGCAAAUCCAGUCAUUUCCCAGGUAUUGGAUAGAGGAACAAGAUUUUUUCAAGCACAAAUCCGUUUUGGACUCAUUCCUGAAAUAUGAUUGUAAAGAUGAAUUUAACAAACAGAACCAUACAAUUGUGUUAAAUUGGGCUGUGUGGUGGGAUCAACUAACACAGGAAUCCAUCAUUCUCCCCAGGAUAAGUCCAGAAGAAUACAAAUCAUAUUCCCCUGAAGCCCUCUGGAGAUACCUCACAGCUCGCCAUGAUUGGUUAAACAUUAUCUUAUGGAUUGGAGAAUUUCAAACCCAGCAUGGUUAUACUUCAUUUCAGCAGAACAAAUGGCCCCUUCUGACUAUUGAUGUUAUUAACCAGAAUACUUCCUGUAACAACUACAUGAGGAAUGAAAUUUUAGAUAAGCUGGCCAGGAAUGGGAUUUUUCUGGCAUCUGAACUGGAAGACUUUGAAUGCUUCCUCCUAAGACUGAGCCGUAUUGGAGGUGUAAUACAGGAUACCCUCCCUGUUCAAAACUACAAGACCAAAGAAGGUUGGGAUUUCCAUUCUCAAUUCAUUCUCUAUUGUUUGGAGCACAGUCUGCAGCAUCUUCUUUAUGUCUACCUUGACUGUUACAAACUUAGUCCUGAAAAUUGUCCCUUUUUGGAAAAAAAAGAGUUACAUGAAGCACACCCUUGGUUUGAAUUUUUAGUUCAGUGUCGACAAGUUGCCAGUAAUUUAACAGAUCCCAAACUGAUCUUCCAGGCUAGCCUCGCAAAUGCUCAGAUUUUGAUUCCCACCAAUCAGGCCAGUGUAAGCAGUAUGCUAUUGGAAGGACAUACCCUCCUGGCCCUUGCUACUACAAUGUAUUCUCCUGGGGGUGUCAGCCAGGUUGUUCAGAAUGAAGAAAAUGAAAACUGUUUGAAGAAAGUGGAUCCCCAGCUUUUGAAGAUGGCAUUAACUCCUUACCCCAAGCUAAAAACUGCUCUCUUCCCACAGUGCACUCCUCCUAGUGUCCUGCCAUCUGAUAUUACACUCUACCACCUUAUUCAGUCAUUAUCACCCUUUGAUCCUAGCAGAUUGUUUGGCUGGCAGUCUGCUAACACACUAGCUAUAGGAGAUGCAUGGAGUCAUCUCCCACAUUUCUCUAGCCCUGACCUGGUUAAUAAAUACGCUGUAGUGGAACGUCUGAAUUUUGCUUAUUAUUUACAUCAUGGACGGCCAUCAUUUGCAUUUGGUACUUUUCUGGUCCAGGAAUUAAUCAAAAGCAAGACUCCCAAGCAACUGAUCCAGCAAGUAGGCAAUGAAGCCUAUGUUAUAGGGCUCUCCUCCUUCCACAUACCUUCAGUAGGAGCUGCAUGUGUUUGUUUCUUAGAAUUGCUUGGCCUUGACAGCCUCAAACUCAGAGUUGAUAUGAAAGUGGCCAAUAUAAUUUUGAGAUACAAGUGCAGAAAUGAAGAUGCUCAGUACAGCUUUAUCAGAGAGUCUGUAGCCGAAAAACUAUCUAAACUAGCUGAUGGUGAAAAGGCAACCACAGAAGAAUUGCUUGUUCUCUUAGAAGAAGGCACAUGGAACAGCAUUCAGCAACAGGAAAUAAAGAGGUUAUCCAGUGAAUCUAGCAGCCAGUGGGCAUUAGUGGUACAGUUCUGCAGGCUACACGAUAUGAAACUAAGCAUAUCUUACCUCAGAGAAUGUGCCAAAGCAAACGAUUGGCUGCAGUUCAUUAUUCACAGCCAACUCCACAACUACCACCCAGCAGAGGUGAAAUCCCUUAUCCAGUACUUCAGCCCAGUCAUUCAGGACCACUUAAGGCUGGCUUUUGAGAACUUGCCCUUAGUGCCCACCUCCAAAAUGGACAUCAAUCAAGUCUGCAAUAAGUCCUCCCAGGAACUUCAGGGAAGCAAAGAAGUGAUGACCGAUUUAUUUGAAAUUCUGCUCCAAUGCUCAGAGGAGCCAGACUCCUGGCACUGGCUUCUGGUUGAAGCAGUGAAACAACAGGCCCCUAUCCUCAGUGUUCUGGCCUCAUGUCUCCAGGGUGCCAGUGCCAUUUCAUGUCUCUGUGUUUGGAUCAUCACUUCUGUGGAGGACACUGUUGCAACUGAAGCCAUGGGACGCAUUCAGGACUCGAUAGAGGACCAUACCUGGAACCUUGAGGAUCUUUCAGUCAUCUGGAGAGCAUUAUUAACAAGACAGAAGAGCAAAACUCUCAUCAGAGGUUUCCAGCUUUUCUUUAAGGAUUCCCCAUUACUAUUGGUGAUGGAGAUGUAUGAACUGUGUAUGUUCUUCAAGAAUUAUAAAGAAGCUGAAGCUAAACUUCUGGAGUUUCAGGAGAGCCUUGAAAUACUUAACACAGCAGCCACAAAGGUCCACCCUGUCAUCCCUGCUAUGUGGCUGGAGGAUCAGGUGUGUUUCCUUUUGAAGCUUAUGCUACAGCAGUGUAAGACCCCAUAUGAGCUGGGGAAGCUUUUACAGCUCUUUGUUGAAAGAGAGCAUCUCUUCUCUGAUGGUCCAGAUGUGAAAAAGCUGUAUGUCCUUUGCCAAAUUUUGAAGGAUACAUCCAUAGCCAUUAAUCAUAUAAUUAUUACCUGCUACAGCAUUGAGAAUUUUCAGCAUGAAUGUAAAUCUAUUUUGGAAAGACUGCAGACAGACGGACAGUUCGCUUUGGCCAGGAGGGUAGCAGAAUUAGCUGAGCUACCUGUGGACAACUUGGUUAUUAAAGAGAUAACACAGGAAAUGCAGACUCUAAAACACAUUGAACAGUGGUCACUAAAACAAGCAAGAAUUGACUUCUGGAAAAAAUGCCAUGAGAAUUUUAAGGAACAUUCAAUUUCAAGCAAAGCAGCUUCUUCCUUUUUCUCAACUCAGGCCCAUGUGGCAUGUGAGCACCCAGCUGGAUGGAGCAGCAUUGAGGAACGCCAUCUGCUGCUCACCUUGGCAGGGCACUGGCUUGCCCAGGAGGACGUGGUGCCCUUGGACAAGCUGGAGGAGCUGGAGAAGCAGAUCUGGCUCUGCCGCAUCACCCAGCACACUCUUGGAAGAAAUCAGGAGGAAACAGAGCCCAAAUUUUCUCGACAGAUCUCAACUAGUGGUGAACUUUCCUUUGAUAGUUUAGCCAGGGAGUUUUCCUUCUCCAAGUUGGCUGCUCUGAACACAUCAAAAUACUUAGAACUUAACAGCCUUCCAUCCAAAGAGACAUGCGAGAAUAGACUGGAUUGGAAAGAGCAGGAGUCACUAAACUUUUUGAUUGGGCGCCUACUGGAUGAUGGCUGUGUGCAUGAAGCAAGUAGAGUAUGCCGGUAUUUUCAUUUCUAUAAUCGAGAUGUCGCCUUGGUAUUGCACUGCAGAGCACUGGCCUCAGGAGAAGCUAGUAUGGAGGAUCUGCACCCGGAGAUCCAUGCUCUCCUACAAAGUGCUGAGCUGCUUGAGGAAGAACCCGACAUUCCCCUAAGGAGAGUCCACAGCACUUCAAGUCUGGAUAGUCAGAAGUUUGUGACAGUGCCCUCCAGUGAUGAAGUGGUGACUAACCUGGAAGUGCUGACAAGUAAAUGCCUCCAUGGAAAGAACUACUGUCGACAGGUCCUCUGUCUGUAUGAUCUUGCCAAGGAGUUGGGCUGUUCCUACACAGAUGUUGCUGCUCAGGAUGGUGAAGCCAUGCUCCGGGAAAUCUUGGCCUCUCAGCAGCCUGACCGAUGCAAACGAGCCCAGGCCUUCAUCAGCACACAGGGCCUUAAGCCAAAUACUGUGGCUGAACUCGUGGCAGAAGAGGUGACACGGGAGCUGCUUACUUCAUCACAGGGAACAGGACAUAAGCAGAUGUUCAACCCAACAGAGGAAAGCCAGACAUUUCUUCAGCUGACCACUCUGUGUCAAGACCACACAUUGGUAGGCAUGAAGUUGUUGGAUAAGAUUUCCUCCGUUCCCCAUGGGGAAUUGUCUUGCACCACAGAGCUCCUGAUCCUGGCCCAUCAUUGCUUCACCCUGACGUGCCACAUGGAGGGCAUCAUCCGAGUCCUACAGGCCGCCCGGAUGCUCACAGAUAACCACCUGGCCCCCAGUGAGGAGUAUGGGCUGGUGGUACGGCUCCUCACUGGCAUUGGAAGGUACAACGAGAUGACAUACAUAUUUGAUUUGCUGCAUAAAAAGCACUACUUUGAAGUGCUGAUGAGGAAGAAGUUGGAUCCGAGUGGUACCCUGAAGACAGCCCUGCUGGACUACAUUAAACGCUGCCGUCCUGGAGACAGUGAGAAGCACAAUAUGAUUGCCCUGUGCUUCAGCAUGUGCCGGGAGAUUGGCGAGAACCACGAGGCAGCUGCCCGCAUCCAACUGAAACUGAUUGAGUCUCAGCCCUGGGAGGACAGUCUCAAGGAUGGGCACCAGCUGAAGCAACUGCUGCUGAAGGCCCUGACUCUGAUGCUGGAUGCAGCAGAGAGUUAUGCCAAGGACUCCUGUGUGCGACAGGCCCAGCACUGUCAGCGGCUCACCAAGUUGAUAACUCUGCAGAUUCACUUUCUGAACACUGGCCAGAACACCAUGCUCAUCAACUUGGGCCGCCACAAGCUAAUGGACUGUAUUCUGGCCCUACCUCGGUUCUACCAGGCUUCUAUUGUGGCUGAGGCCUAUGAUUUUGUUCCAGAUUGGGCUGAAAUUUUAUACCAGCAAGUGAUACUUAAAGGAGACUUUAAUUACUUGGAAGAAUUUAAGCAGCAAAGGUUAUUAAAGUCCAGUAUAUUUGAAGAGAUUUCCAAAAAAUAUAAACAACAUCAGCCUACUGACAUGGUCAUGGAAAACCUGAAGAAAUUACUCACAUAUUGUGAAGAUGUUUACCUGUAUUACAAGUUGGCAUAUGAACACAAGUUUUAUGAAACUGUAAAUGUGCUUCUGAAGGACCCUCAGACAGGUUGCUGUCUAAAGGACAUGCUAGCAGGUUAGGUGAUUUCAUAGGUGCCUGUUUUCUUGUACUGUUAGCAGGUUCUGACAGAUAUGAUGAGCAGAAUAAUGCAUUGGAGAUUUUUGUUAAAGUUGAACAAUCCCGGUACUGUACCAUAUCAGUCCUUUGUGGGUAGUAGGCAGCAAAUGAGAAACUUUUCAGAAGGAAAUUCCUAUUUGAAAUGGACUGAUUUUAGAUGACUGUUCAUCUAUACCAUUUUAUAUAGAUACUAGUAUUAAGAUCAAAAGCUUCCUCUUCCUCAGGACAGCUUCUACUUUAGAUGAUCCAAUAGUAAUUAAAGAAUAUACCUGUACCUGCAGAUUCCAGUUUCAAAGAAAUUUAAUAUUAUUUACACAGUUAAGGAACAGGUGAUACAUUUUCAUUUGUUAGAAACUGAUCUUUCUGUAAUAAAAUAGAUUUUCAAUUCA